AUGUACGACGACACUCUCCCUGUUGUCUCGGAGGACAUGCGGAGGGAUAGGUUCCUAACAAACCCUGCUAUCGUCAUUAUCAACAAAUUGAAACUGUUUUGCAAAGACUGUAGUCAUUUCAUUGUGCUUGAAACACCGUACAGCAUCGAAGGAUAUACCAGACAUGUACAGAAAUGCAACCAGCUUGCUGCACAGGCGAGUUUCUACAUUCGUGCCAAGGCAGACCCAAGGAGUCGUCGGGACCUGAGUCGAAGAGGUCGCGGAGGGGGAGUGUCAGCUAAUAUAUCAGCAGCGUCAAUCCAAGACUCAGCACUCCAUUGGCAUAGUUCAACAUUCACCUAUCCGAAUACUCUGUCACGUCAUCCAGACCCUUUGCAUCCUCGUUCAGAAUAUCCACAUUCACAUCCAAAUAACUCGUCACUUGGACAUCAUUAUAACAUUGUGAAUCAGCCGAAUUAUAGUCAAAUUGGUUGCCCGUAUCUCAAUGAGACUUAUUGCCCUACCGAUGGACUACAAGGAACUUUCAUGCCCCAAUUUUUUGGGUUUGUUCCACUAAGGCCCCCCCAAGCGCCUCCAUACGCACCCACUAAUGGAACAUCAAGCUUAUCUGCAACAGCACCAGAUUACGACGGUACAAUUCAGACUGCUGCUGCAGUAAAGGCUUUGACGACGCCCGUCGCAACUUCAUGUGCAGCACCACCAAAACAACCAACCCCAGUGGCUUUACCUCCGCAAACGGAAAAAGUCAUACUACCUUCAAUCAACUCAUGGUUUCCUUCACGCAUCGAUUCUGGCCGCACUACGUCUUCCACUUGCAUUACAGACCCUUCAACUGUAUGCAAAUCCCAUCUACCUGCAUGUCUAUCGAAACACUCUCUCGAUAGCGCUAAUUAA